CUCUCAUUGCAAAGUCACAAUCGCCACACAAACCAAAAAUAUUGAAUAGAGCGUCCACGGGAGACACAAUUUAAAGGCGCAGAUACUGCUUAUCCACCGAAGCCAAACGGGCAAGACUCCCUCUCACGAGGCUCAUUCAUGUUUCAUUUCUCCGAGUUUUCUCCUCUUCACGAAUCCCCAACGCUCCAGCAGCGGGAGGAGAAUAUCCGAAUCGCAGGGUCCAAGGUGGCUGAGCUCCUCAGGAAGGUGCACCGGCACCCUCGUGACGUCAUAUUCACAUAUCUCGUUGUGGUCGAGGGUCAGGCGCUCGAGACGGGGGAGGCUGCCGAGUGUGAGCGGCACUGAGCCUGGUUCCAGUUGGUUGCCGCUUAGCACCAGCACUUUGAGAUUCGGGGCAUCCUCCGGCAACCAAUCGGGGAUAAUGUCAAGAUUGUUGAGGGCUAGGACCUGACAGCAAGGAGCAAGAACCCGAUGUCUCUUGCUGAAGGCUACACUUGUCUUUUUUUCAUCUCACCAAGACCUCUGCUCGCUUGAGAUAUGACCGAAAAUUAAGUGGCAAAUGAGUCAGCGGCAGGAGAAGAAGAGAAAAAUAUUUGAGAAACUUCUGCUCUCUGAAGCACCAUGAAAGGUAGGUGGAUGACUGAAACGUAGGUUCUCAAAAUAUUGCCCACCUUUCAGGAAAGACUUCAGCCGCACUCUCUUUGUCCGCCAGGCCUGACAGCUCGAUGCACGUAUCACGCCGGCUUAUAAUUCUCUAUUGAGGGAGGUCCCGCCUGGACUUUCAAGUGGCCUGGUCACUAUAUAUGUAUAGUUGUCGGGAAAGAAGGGGCCGACAUCUCGCAAAUCAUCCCAGCAUUCUGCGGGCAUGUCAGAGGGCUCUGUGAGAGUGUUAAUAGAAAACGCCUGCAUUUUGGGAGACACAGAAUACACAUCUACGCAGUCAAGAUACUCUUUCAAAGCCUGUCUUACCUCUAGAGUGGUAAAACGAUCAAGGCUUUCAGCGAUGAUCUGUGCGAGGAGACAAGUGACACAAAGCUUGUGCUCCGCAUUGAUCGGCAAACGAGGUGGAUUACUGGUAAGGUACCUCAGCUGAUGCGGGCUCUCCUGGUGACGUCACAAAGAGACGACAAUUGCAUGGGUGCAUCCACUCAGCCGCCGUACCAAACCUAGAAGCAAGACAGAGAUAGAGACGCUGUGUGAACGGACGCUCUUUCUGCUCACGGUGGGAAUAUUUUCAGCGUACAGUAAUCCCAGAUAGCCAUACGCGGGCACACAGCAGUGGCUCUGAUGACUUGGACGACAAAGAGCACAAGCAGUGAUACCAACAGGAAGGUCACAGCCCACAGCACGAGAGGCAGCGGCCAUCGCUCAACCCAUUUGACCAGAUCGGAGAGCCGCUGGAGCUCAUCAGCCCGUCCACUGAAAUCGACACCGUCACUCGAGCGGCGCCGUCUCGGUAUCCGAGGGGCGGGAUCCCUCCCUGACCCGGUUUGCGAGCUGUUCCGCGGAGAGUUGCCUGCUUCGGACGGUGCUCGCUCCAUUAUCUCCUCUUCCACAAAAUUAAUGGCGUGAUGCUGCCGACAAUCUUCAGACUCCACUACUGUGUUCAUCAGGUCUUCUGUUUGCGCAUGCUCCAUGAUAGCUUCCUCAUCCCUCCAUACACGCCGCACCGACAGGUCUGGCGGCUUCUGAGUGACAGAUGUCUCACCAGGGCACUCCUCGUUGAUAUCAGACGGCUCGCCCUCAUCGGAAGGCUCCUCCUCACCGUAAAUGGCGCUUUCGUCAGGUGCCGGGCGAGGACAUGGAAGAGACGGCUUUCGUCCCUUCGCUUCGGCCUCCGUCACAGUGGGCAUGUCUUGCCACCGCGACGUUGUUUUUGGUGAAGCAUCGGGCGAUUUGCUGGCAGUACUGUAUCUCCGGAAAGCAUCCAUGAAUCGUUUCGCCGGUCGCAACUCUCGCUGCUCGCCGGUGUUGUUCUUGGUGUAGCCUUUCGGUUCCUCCUCCUUGUGCUUGGUAGGCACCAGGUUCAGCAGUUGCGACUCGACUGAGGAGCUGUGCUUCAGUUGGGUGCUCACUGUUGAUUCAAUGCAGAGGUCCUCGAGUGCCACCCCAUCGUCGACAAUGCUCGCCGCCUCUGCCUCUUCCGCCGAAAUGCGCAUCUGCAAUUGGCGCUUUCGGUGCAGAUGAAUCCCUCGGAUGAGCAUAAGAGAAUCGAUGAUGCGCAGCUUCCACCUACACGUAGACAAUACAAGAGACACACUGUCACGUAUGAGCGAGACCUUGCUGAGCAACUUGUCUGUCAGGCAGACCAUGAAAGAAAAAGAGGGAGGUAGGCGGCCCCGAAAGCAAGCAGAGAAGUGCUGCGAAAGUAGGCUAGGUAUCCCAGCGAAGCGCGAAAGGUGUAGCGGGCCUCAGCAAGCAGCGUGACGGCAGCCAGGACCAAAUUCACACACACAUCACCUGCACGUACGCACACACACACACACACAGACUGCCAUCUCUCUUUGUUGCUCUUCCAUGAGUCUUUUUGCACACCCACCUAGAAUGAACCAUCCCCUCAGCUUCACAGAAAAAGAUCCGGUGAGGACAACGGACUGCAGAGCUACCAGCAAGGGAAGCGGUAACCACACCUCUACUUCUCUGGUUGGCACUUCUCCCUCCACUGAUCUGCCCUCUUUGGCUGAAGUCGCUGACACCAGCGACCACCCUGGAGACCGCCCACCACACGGCAAAAAGACACACGAUCGGGUAAGCUUGCAGCUGUCUGUGUAGUCGCGUGGAUGUGAGCUGACCAGCAUAUUGAAGACACUUCAGCCAGCCAAAAACGAGCUCUGCACGAAUGCACCAAACGUUUCAAUGCACUCCUGAGAUUAAGUCAUGCGUUGUCUUCUUGCUGACCAAUGAGCUCAGAGGCCGCCGACCCACACCAGAAGAGCCUUCCAUUUGGGCCCUGAAGGAGUGUUGUAAGACAGUGGAAAUAGGAGCGAGUGGCAAGCUUGGCUCUCACCAAAAAAUAGAAGUAGAAGAGCGAUAUGUAGGCCUCAACGAUGUGCAGCCACCGGGGGAAUCGACUUUUUGCCAACCAGGCACCUCCCGGCGAUUUGGGCCGCACCAUUUGCAGUGUGUCCGCAGGGCCGCUCUCGACAGCCUCGGAGAGAUCGUCAGAUGGUCUGUUUCCGCUGGCUGUGGCAUGUGCCUUGAUUGUCUUGAAUGUCUUCAGUCGCCUGCUACGAUCCUUUUGGCGCUUAAGCCAGGUAAUUUUCUCGUAAGCGCACCGAUAGUCCAUCUUUUUCUUCCCCGCCCAUCUGUAGGCGUUGUAACGCCAGAAAACCGUGUGCAUGACGAAGGCAUAGGCACUUGCGUAGCCGAGGAGGAGCCACAUUAGGCCCAUUGUGAACGCCGACCAGCUGGAUGCCCAUCGGACGGUAUAGCUGUCCUUGUCCGCCAACUCGCCCGUUUCUGCAUGUAUUGAAGACAGAAAAAGUGACGCCUGUCAACCAUCGAUUGCUCACUCUGGAAUUUGUGUGACCUACCAAGUAGUACGUUGUCGACGUACUCCUUGAAGUAGAAGAUCAGGUCGCUUUGCACCGCGUAGGGCUUGGUCUCCUUCUCCACAAAUUCCGCGAUAGCAUGCACAAGACAGAGCAAGCUGACUAAGAGGAGGCUGGCCCACGCCGCGUUGUUAAGCCACAGAGCGAUGUGCACCAGGCGGAUGCCGGGGAAUAUCUCUCUGUGGCAGCAGCAUCUCCAGAAGCUUUGCCUUUGGCUGCGUCUCCGCAUUUCCUUCCGGCGUUCUUCUUCGGUAAGGAUGCCAAAGACGGGCAUGUGGGCGGCCUUCAGCUCCACCACCUUGUGGAUGAUUUCCACAGCCGUCUCGCUUCUUCUCAUUGAUCGCGCGGACAAUCGCUCUGGCGGAAGCUGCCCGAACGAUAUGGACCUUUUAAUCGGUGGCAGCUGCUGUGAGUUGAAUUCCUCCAGCGCGGCCGUAAAUGAAGUGCAUGGGCUGGGCGGCUCGUCACCGCGGGCUGCGGGGAAAGGACAGGUCCCGGCGGUGGCUACCGGAGGCAACGACACGGCCGUCAGACCGUCCAUGCGCUGCUCGGGGUCGCUACAGGCCUCUCGCAGCUCCUCGCUGGCCGCCUCGCCCGAAACCGAUUUGGGGAGGCGGAAUGUGACUGCUGGGGCCUCAGGGUCUCUCACACGCUCGCUCUUGACAGAUUUGUCGGACGGCGCCAUGUCUCGCAAGACCAUCGAACGGUCGGGGAUAGGGGAGCCACAGAUGGAGACGUAGACAGAUGUCUGGUCUCGCGAUUCGGUGAAGUCGGAAACGAGGGGCGAUCGGUGGGCUUCUUGACUUGACAUGAUAGAGCUAAGCUGAAGACUUGGAGUCCUUUCGUCUCUCCUCUCUGGGGCCACUUGGUUGCUGCUGUCGACGGUGGAAUGAGAGCGCCGCCGAAAACAAUGCUGCCGAUAGUUCCCAACCGCUUUCGUAUGGCGCGAACGAAACCUGGAUAAGCCAGACGCUAUUCCUUCUUUAUAACGCAUUUACCUUCUUUGUGUCAUCUCUCUGACCUGAUUGUUUGCUGCUGACAGGCGACUCACCGGACGACGGAGACGGACGAGCCGAGAGCGCUUCCUUGAGAAGGGCCGGCAAGCCGCGUGCGACACUCCUUUUGCUUUGCUUGUCUACAGGAUAUGUGCCUCGAAAGCUCUUGACAGACCGAUCGCCGACGGUGACGGGCCCCUUCGCCACGCGUGCAUCGGUGUGCAGGUCCAGGGCCUCCAGUUCAUCAAUGGCGAUGGGUGCCACUGAUGCCGAGGGCUGCAGGUGGAUAUCCACCGCCUUGAGGGCGAAAGAUGGGCUGACGCUGACAAUCCCCGUGGCAUACUGGUGGGUCCUUUUCCGGCUGCCGCGGUGCUUGCUGCCCGGGGUGGAACCACCGAAAGGCCAGAAGGUGAGAGACUUGGCGCUGCCGGUAUCUCCCGGACGCGUCGUGGCGUGCCUCUCUCGCUGUGGCCGUCGUGUCCUGCCAUCGAGGUUGCUCAGUGCCGCCUGCAUGCGGAUAGCAAGACGUGUGAGCGCGGCUGUUCUGUCAUUCGUCUGCUCACCUCGAACUGUCGGUUGAUUUCCUUUUCGAUGGCAUCACUCGAGUCAGUCAGCUCCGAUUUGUUGACAACAACGGAUGGAUCAGCCAUGUCGCUUCCUUCCUGUACACGCGAACGAAAUUCCCUUCGGGCGCUUUCCAAC